AUGGAAAAGAUUCAAGAAGCAAUAGCCAGACAUGGCAACACAUGGACGCUCAAAACAAAUUCAGAAAUGAACGAGUUGUACGAGCCCCUCCAUGCCGGACAAGCCGCGAACUUUACACAUGCCGUGAAGGUCCAAAAGGGCAUCAAAUACGGGGAUCACGAGAGGCAUAGGAUAGACAUCUACAGCCCAGCGGUAUUGGACCCGGAUGAUUCAUUGCCGGUGGUUGUCUUCUUCCACGGAGGCGGAUUCACCUCUGGCGACAAUGAUAUAACGCCGUCCAUGCAUGGCCACAUUGGCAAUUAUUUCGCAAGCAAUAAAUGUCUAUGCAUUCUUGCGACAUACCGCCUCCUCCCUGAAGCACGAUAUCCGUCUGGCGGCAGAGACACGGCUCAAGCAUUGCGCUGGGUUCAAGACCAUGCAGCCAAGUAUGGAGGCAACGCAGCAAAGAUGAUCGCCGUGGGUCAAUCGGCUGGCGGCGCCCAUUUAGCGUCGGCUACCUGGGCGGGAUUCCUGGCCGAUGCUGGUGUUGCACUCGAUGGACUGAUUCUCCUCAGUCCACCUUUAUGGUAUGACUUGAAGCAAGCGAGAAGACGAGAGAACAUGAUGCUUUAUCAUGAGUCGGAAAACGAAGAAGAUAUACUUGGAAAAGCUGGCGCGUCAGUAUUCCAAAACAGCACUAUCGCCGAUGAACCACGGCUAUUGCUCAUGGUGGCCGAGUUCGAUUCCAAUGAAAUUGUGGACGGAAAUUUGAGGUUUGUCGAAGCAUACAGAAAAAAGUACAACAGAAUGCCGUUAUUCGAGGUGAUGGCAGGUCACAACCACAUUUCGAAUAUUCUAGCCAUAGGGCUUCCAGAUGAUAAGAUUGGAAAAAGAAUCUUGGCCUUUUUGGAUCAAUAG